UUCAGUCUAGAGAUCAUAAAACUCUAUUAACAUACGUUGUUGUGUCAUGGCGGUGUGUGUUGCCGAGUGACUACUUUGACAAUUGAUUUUCGAAACGAAAGAAAAAGAGAAAGAAAAACAUGCCAAAAAAAGAGACAGGGCCUCUUUCGAAGGCAAUAUAUGAAGCAGAUGUUUUAAAAAACCAGGUUCUGGGGCUGGUCAAAGAAUCGAACAAAGUGGUUAGUAACAAGAAACUGAAAACAGAUGAAAAAUUGCAACAGCUGUAUAGAAGCUGCUUUGAUCUCCAGCAACAAAUUAAAGUUCUUCUUUCAGCUGUAAAUGGUCUGAAGGAGGAGAAUGAAACAGAGAAGAUAAAAUACUUUGAGACAAAGAAGAAUAAUGAAGUGAAAAGGCUGGAGACAUUUAUGGUCCAGUUAACUCAGGCAAUGACUAAGUUGUUACCAAAUCAGAGUGAAGAAGAUUAUUUGCAAAAAUUGAAACAGGAACAAUUCAGAGAUGUAAGAGUUGAAGAAGGAAAAAAAGGAGAUGAGGAUGAAGGUGAAGACAGUAAUGGAAAAGAAGAGAAUGACGAUACUGAAGAAGAUGAGGAGGAUGAAGAAGAUGAGCAGGAUGAAGAAGAUGAGGAGGAUGAAGAAGAUGAAGAGAAUGAGGAAUUUGAAGAAGAAACAGAUAUUAAGAAGCAAGUCAGCCCUGCCAAAGUACCAAGACAAUCUGAUGAGAAAGAAGAGGAGGAGGAAAAAAAGGAGGAAGAGGAAGAAGAAGAGGAGGAGGAGGAGGAAGAAGAGGAGGAGGAAGAAGAGGAGGAGGAAGAAGAAGAGGAGGAGGAGGAAAAAGAAGAGAGGAAAACACAGGAAACAAACGAGGUUGCACCUAAAAAUGUAGGGAAAGCUAACAUUAAAGAAAAGAGAAAGGAUCCUUUGGUAAAAGAGGCUCGACAUCAGUUCAUCACUGUGGACGACUAUGAAGGAGAGGAAGGGGAUCUUAGCUUCAAAAGAGGAGAGGUGAUCACCGUCAUUGAAACACGGGAAGAUGGCUGGUGGAUGGCUGAAAAUGACAGAGGUGAUACGGGUCUUGUACCGUCUACCUACCUUCAGCUGCAUAACAAGCACAGAGAUGUUCAACAAGAUGAUGAGGAGGAGGAGGGUGCUGAUAGUGAGCAGGGAGAUGGAGACACAGUAAGGAGAACAAAGAAGCUUUGGAGUGGCAUAAAGAAAGCUAUAACUGAGACCACAGUAUCUGAUGUUCUUCAUGCCAUGGGAGCUGUGCCUUCAGGGUUUCGACAAUCCACUCUUGCUAAAAAACACGCAGAAGGAGUAACAUACAGAACAGUCAGCUAUUUGGCCAUAAAGCUGAGCCCAUCCAACCUCAUCUACAAAGAUCUCUUUUUUGAUCCCUCUAGUAACAGGAUUCGUCCUCGGAUGGUGAGAAUUGAGCGCAUCGUUACCAUCAGUGCAUGUCGUCAGAUUCCUGUUCCUAGUGCAGGAAUUGAUGUCUUAGAUCGUACAGUCAGAAUAUGUCUGUUCGAUGGGAACAACAUCCUGAGCAACAUUCAUUGUGUGAAGGUGUCAUCAAUAGACAAGUCACAGAACACUUGGUCCUUCACAACCAAGGUUACUGAUACCAUGGAUUUGGCUUCUCAUGCAGAGGUCUUUGUUCGUUCGAACAACACUGUUGAUAACAUAGGAAUCCUAUUUGAGCUGUGUAUAACAACAUUCAGGGCUAGCACAAAGGAGAGAACAGAAAUGAGCUGUGGGUGGGCACAUUUGCCCCUUCUGGGUGAAAAUGGGACUGCUACUCAGAACAAGUCAUUUGACCUUCAUGUAAAUGGUGGGACACCAUAUGAGAAAGGUGUUGAAGUCGACCCAAGAAUCAGCAGAAGGAAGGCCACUUCCAAUGCUUUAAUGUCCCUUAUAUCGGGAAACAGACAACCACGGCUGGUAGUACGGUUGAGCAUACCCAAAAAGGAAUUCAAGGAUCAAAUGGACACUCUUCCUGAGCCUCUGGUUGGGAAUACCAUCCUUCUUCCUUUUUACAGCUACUAUCGUCAGAUUCUUGCUGAUGUCCUACUGCGUGACAGACUUGACUUGGAUUCAACAGAGCUGAUCCACAAUCCAUUACUUUCCCUGUUUCCAACAGCAGCAGAGCAAAUGGAUUUGAUGCAACUAUUAAGGGCUUCCUGGCUGGAAAAGCAGCGUUCAGCCCACAGAGUUGAAAAGAGAGAUGAGGAGUAUAUGAAAGAUUUAUUCAAGCAAGCCGUGAUGGAUACUGUGUAUCCUGUGCUACAUAUUGCUGCUCUGCCUUCAUACCAACCUGGUGACUAUGAUAAUGUGCAGUCAAGAUUUGAGGAGGUGCACAGGUUCCGGGAGCUGAGGCAGACAAGGCAGUCAACGCUUGCUGUUCUGCUGUCAUCAGACAUCAUAUUUCAGCCAUUUGAAAUGGACGAAAUGAUUUUCUCUAUGCUAGGUCCCCAUUGCCUGCAGAAGUCAGUGCCUAUUCCUGAUGAUUAGACACUGGCAUCUUUGCUCAAGAAUCUUCUGCCAUGCUUCCUCCGUUCCAGAAUUGAAGACCUUUCGCUCCUAGCAGUUAUUAGUAUUGUAUCUUUUUUGUUAAGCACUUUUAGCCUGCCUGGAACUAUAUUUUCUCAUGAAGUUCAGCAGCUUACUCAUUGUAUGCAUGUGUGGACAGCUUUACAUGGUUGUCAGGCAUGCAAACCUUGACUGUGACCUGUGAAAGAAAAGCUAGCUAAGAUGGAAGCGCUUGUUUAAAACAGAAGUAUAGCUGUAAGUUAGAAGUGCUAAGAUGUUCCAGUUUACUUUUUUUUUUUUUUUUUAAUGUGAGUAGAAAAUUUACGAGGUAAUGAGUACACAAAAGAAGAUAGUGCUUCUGCAAGAUUUUUAAAUUGUAAUAAUCAGGCAGAAUGCCACUCCUAAAAAUUACUUAUAUAUAUAUGAAAACUAUUUACCACCCAUCUUAGAAGUCAAUUUCACCCCACAUCCACUCUCUUUCUCCCAUAGAUUAAAUCAACACAGAGAGUAAGAUUCCUAUUUAAUUUACUCCUCAAUCUUCUUAUUUAACCUUUCACAUGUUUAGAAAGCCAGAUGGGAAUAGCUUUUUUCUUUCAUCUUCAGUCGUGUACAUCUUUACAAAAGUCUUUUUUGAAACAAACAUUGUUUUUCUGUUCCAUAAUUUCACUUCUUGCUCAGCAGUUUAUGCACAGAAGCUCUUAGCCACUUCAUAAUCAGCUGUAUAUUAAUCUAAUUAUUUUGACAUAAAAAUUGUACCAUAGGCAGUUAUCAUGAUUAGGUCGAGGGGAAGGAGUUCUUCUUAAAUGAUGUGAUGUCAUCAAGGCAAACUUGAACAAUUAAAUCUAUCUUGGUUUACACCCACUGCUUUUAUAAGGACAACUUCAGGUAUGCACACUUUUUCUUUCUCUCUCUCUCUCACACACACGCAAACUUUGAAAUUUGAAAAUGUAGUACAGGUCUAAGUUUAUAAGUUGUGUCAAGGUACAGGGAAUGGUAGGAGGAGGAUUGUGGACAUUGUGUCUGCCUAUAGACUGCCAACGACUUUGUUUCAUUUCAGUCUCAUCUCACUUAUUACGUUUGUUCUCGCUAGCGCAUUAUCAGGGAGAAAUAGCCUUGAAGUUGUGACCCUGUUUAGGAAUAGUAUGAACAGUUUCAUUGUGUAUUGUUUGCUUAACAGGCAAACCCAAGAGUAUGAUUGAUUAGUACAUGUGAAAGUAAUGUACUCUUUAAUUGAAUUCAUUUCACAUUGUACGUUACAUUGCCGUAUUCUUUCCUCCCAUCUCUCCCUAAUCCCAUUUUCACAUCACUGUUAUUUUGUUUAAAUCAGUGGUUCUUAACUGGGGUUCGAUCGAACCCUAGGGGUUCGGUGAGUCGGUCUCAGGGGUUCGGCGGAGCCUCCGCCACGGAGGUCAAGACACACCCGCAAUUCGUGAUGGCACGAAAGAAGGGUUCGGUGAACGUGCAUAUGAAACUUGUGGGUUCGGUACCUCAAAUAAGGUUAAGAACCACAUGUUUAAAUGAAUGACUGGAGACAUAAAAUUGUGUUGAACUUUCUUGAA